GGCGGCGGCGGCGGCGGCGUGGGCGCUGGCGGGCCGCGGGCGGCGGGGCCCCGGCUCGGGCUCCGGGCCGUAGCAGACAAGAUGGCGGCGGCGCUCCGGAGGCCGGUCCCCUCCUCUUCUCCGCUGUCCCCCGCCUCCUCCUCCUCCUCCUCCUCCUGCUCCUCCGCCUCCUCCUCCGCCUCCUGCCGCAGCCCUAGCGACCGCCGGAGCGCCGGCCCGCUCUCCCCGGGCUGCGGAGGGGGCUAGAGCCGGGGCCGGGCCCACGCUGGGGCCGGGCCGGGGAGGAGGGCGAGGGCGGCGGCGGCGGCGGGGACGGCGGCGGCGGCGGCGGCGGCGGCGACGGCGGCGGCGCCGGGUUGGGGAUGGGGUCGCAGACGCUGCAGAUCCUCCGGCAGGGGGUGUGGGCCGCGCUCAGCGGGGGCUGGUACUACGACCCGCACCAGGCCACCUUCGUGAACGCGCUGCACCUCUACCUGUGGCUCUUUCUGCUCGGCCUGCCCUUCACCCUCUACAUGGCCCUACCUUCCUCCAUGAUUAUAGUAGCAGUUUAUUGUCCUGUGAUAGCUGCUGUUUUCAUUGUUCUGAAGAUGGUUAACUACCGACUCCACAGAGCACUUGAUGCUGGAGAAGUUGUGGAUAGGAACCCAAAUACAGACCAGCGAGCCAAAGCCGAGCAAGGCAACUGUUCAACUAGAAGAAAAGACAGCAAUGGUCCAAGUGAUCCCGGUGGAGGGAUUGAAAUGUCUGAGUUCAUUCGAGAGGCCACACCCCCAGUUGGUUGCAGUUCAAGAAAUUCUUACGCUGGCUUAGAUCCUAGCAACCAGAUUGGAUCUGGUUCCUCUCGUCUUGGGACAGCAGCAACUAUCAAAGGAGAUACGGACACUGCUAAGACUUCUGAUGAUAUCAGUUUGAGUCUGGGCCAGAGCUCUAGUCUUUGUAAGGAAGGAAGUGAGGAACAAGAUUUGGCAACUGACCGGAAACUCUUCCGAUUGGUCUCCAAUGAUUCCUUCAUCUCCAUCCAGCCUUCCUUGUCCUCCUGUGGACAGGAUUUACCAAGAGACAUUAGUGACAAAGUGAGCCUGCCAAAUCAUAGUCACCACCACCACGUUGAUCAGUCUCUGUCCAGUGCCUGUGACACAGAAGUGGCUUCCCUUGUCCCUUUGCAUUCACACUCUUACAGGAAAGAUCACAGGCCACGAGGCGUGCCACGGACUUCUAGCUCUGCUGUUGCUUUUCCGGACACGUCACUGAAUGACUUCCCUUUGUAUCAGCAAAGACGUGGGUUAGACCCAGUGAGUGAGUUAGAAUCUUCCAAGCCUCAUUCUGGAUCCAAAGAAUCGUUGGCGGAAAACUCUCGUGUGUCUGGAGAAUUUCAGCCUGUCGGAGAGCCAAAAACCAGUAGUUUUCCGCCACCUCCAAGAAGUGGCAAGAGCAAAGCACUGAAGGCUGACAAAAGCUUGGACAGUCUGAGGAGCCUGAGCACCCGGAGCAGUGGGUCCACAGAGAGCUACUGCAGUGGCACUGACCGUGACACUCACAGCACCGUCAGCAGCUAUAAAAGUGAACAGACCAGCUCGACCCACAUAGAGAGUAUCUUGUCAGAGCACGAUGAGGACUCACCGAAAGCAGGGAAGAAAAGUGGGAGGAGAAAGGAGUGUUGUGCUGACCCAGAGGACAAGAGUAGCUGCUCCAGCGACAAAAGGACUAGUAGCGAAAAGACCACCUUGGAAGUAAGUACCAAUAGUGGGGUUCAGGAGGCCAAGGAGUCUAAUACCUCAGACGAGAUGCAGAAUCAGAGGGGUCUCAGCACCUCUGCGUCUGAAGAAGCUAACAAGAACCCCCAUGCCAAUGAAUUUACUUCCCAGGCAGACAGACCGCUCGGGAAAACUGCUGACAAUGAAGAGGAGCAGACGGAGCAGCCAGCUGUGGAUCCCAAAGUUGGUAAAGACAAAGGUGGGAAGGAAGGGGAUGUUCGCCCCAAAUCGUCUAGCUUAAUCCACCGGAAGGCCUCUGCCCAUAAGUCGGGCCGGAGACGGACAGGGAAGAAACGGGCUAGCAGCUUUGAUUCCAGCCGGCAUAGGGACUAUGUGUCCUUUCGAGGUGUCUCUGGCACCAAGCCCCACAGUGCGAUAUUCUGUCACGACGAAGACUCUAGUGACCAAAGCGACUUGAGCCGAGCGUCCAGCGUGCAGUCGGCUCACCAGCUCAGCAGCGAUAGCUCGUCCAGCACCACUUCCCAUUUGUGUCAGUCUCCCGAGGGCAGGUACAGCACCUUAAAGACCAGGCACGCCUCGAAGGAAAGGGGCGCCGACUCUGAGCGCGCACACAAAGCUCACCUGGGUCCCGAGGGAACUGGCAAAAAGCGGACACCGCGUCGGACUUCCAGCACAAAUAGUGCCAAGACACGGGCCCGAGUGUUGAGCCUGGACAGCGGCACGGUGGCCUGUUUGAAUGACUCCAAUAGGCUAAUGGCUCCUGAAAGUAGCAAACCCUUAACCACUUCAAAAUCAGAUCUCGAAGCCAAAGAAGGAGAGGUGCUAGAUGAGCUGUCUUUAUUGGGACGGGCUUCUCAGUUAGAGACUGUCACUCGAUCUAGGAAUAGCUUGCCCACCCAAGUUGCAUUUCCAGAAGGCGAAGAGCAAGAUGCAAUCAGUGGAGCAGCACAGGCCAGCGAGGAGGCGGUGUCAUUUCGCCGUGAACGCAGCACAUUUAGGCGCCAGGCAGUGCGGCGCCGGCACAAUGCAGGGAGUAACCCUACCCCUCCUACAUUGCUCAUCGGAUCACCCCUAAGCCUUCAAGAUGGUCAACAAGGCCAGCAGUCCACAGCCCAGGUCAAAGUGCAGUCCCGUCCCCCUUCCCAGGCUGCAGUGCUCAGUGCUAGUGCCUCCUUGCUGGUGAGAAAUGGGAGUGUCCACUUAGAAGCCUCACAUGACAAUGCAUCUGCUGUAGGCGGCAGCAGUUUGCAAGAUGAACUUGGUAAGUUCUCUUCUACACUUUAUGAGACUGGUGGCUGUGAUAUGUCACUUGUGAAUUUUGAACCAGCAGCAAGAAGAGCAUCUAAUAUCUGUGAUACGGAUUCUCAUGUAUCCAGUUCUACCUCAGUUCGAUUUUAUCCACAUGAUGUGCUCUCUCUUCCUCAGAUUCGAUUGAACAGACUGUUGACCAUAGAUACAGAUUUGUUGGAGCAGCAAGACAUUGAUCUAAGUCCUGACUUGGCGGCUACUUACGGCCCAACAGAAGAAGCCGCCCAAAAGGUCAAACACUAUUACCGCUUCUGGAUCCUGCCGCAGCUCUGGAUCGGCGUUAACUUUGACAGACUCACACUUUUGGCUCUGUUUGAUAGAAAUCGUGAGAUCCUGGAAAAUAUAUUAGCUGUCAUCUUGGCUAUUCUUGUGGCAUUUUUGGGAUCUGUUCUUCUCAUACAAGGCUUCUUCCGAGACAUCUGGGUUUUCCAGUUUUGCCUGGUGAUAGCCAGCUGUCAAUACUCACUGCUUAAGAGUGUUCAACCAGAUUCCUCUUCUCCUAGACAUGGUCAUAACCGUAUCAUUGCCUACAGUAGACCAGUUUAUUUCUGUAUAUGUUGUGGUCUUAUUUGGCUCUUGGAUUAUGGUAGCAGAAACCUUACCACAACCAAGUUCAAACUCUAUGGAAUAACGUUCACCAAUCCACUGGUGCUUAUUUCAGCGAGGGAUUUAGUUAUAGUGUUCACACUUUGUUUCCCAGUAGUGUUUUUCAUUGGUCUCCUGCCUCAGGUGAAUACAUUUGUAAUGUACCUUUGUGAGCAAUUGGAUAUUCAUAUCUUUGGUGGUAAUGCCACGACUAGCCUGCUUGCGGCACUUUACAGUUUCAUCUGCAGCAUUGUGGCAGUCGCCUUACUGUAUGGACUAUGUUAUGGCGCUCUAAAGGAUUCUUGGGAUGGCCAGCAUAUUCCAGUACUUUUCUCCGUGUUUUGUGGCUUGUUAGUAGCAGUAUCCUAUCAUCUCAGCAGACAAAGCAGUGACCCAUCUGUACUUUUCUCUUUGGUGCAAUCCAAGAUUUUUCCAGAAACAGAAGACAAGAAUCCAGAAGACCCUCUGUCUGAAGUAAAAGAUCCACUGCCCGAAAAGCUUCGAAAUUCUGUUAGCGAGCGUUUACAGUCCGACCUGGUCGUGUGCAUCGUGAUUGGCGUGCUCUACUUUGCUAUUCAUGUCAGCACCGUGUUCACGGUACUGCAGCCUGCGCUCAGGUAUGUGCUGUACGCCCUGGUGGGCUCCGUGGGCUUCCUGACCCACUACGUGCUGCCUCAGGUCAGAAAGCAGCUCCCGUGGCACUGCUUCUCCCACCCUCUGCUGAAGACGCUCGAGUAUAACCAGUAUGAAGUUCGAAAUGCAGCCACUAUGAUGUGGUUUGAGAAACUUCACGUGUGGCUUCUGUUUUUGGAGAAGAAUAUCAUCUAUCCAUUGGUUGUUCUCAAUGAACUGAGUAGCAGUGCAGAGACAAUUGCUAGUCCAAAAAAACUGGAUACAGAGUUAGGUGCUUUGAUGAUCACCAUUGCUGGUCUGAAGCUGCUGCGGUCCUCUUUCAGCAGUCCCACAUAUCAGUAUGUCACCGUCAUUUUCACUGUGCUCUUUUUCAAAAUUGACUAUGAAGCGUUCUCAGAGACCAUGCUGCUGGAUCUCUUCUUCAUGUCUAUCCUCUUCAGCAAGCUUUGGGAACUCCUUUAUAAAUUACAGUUUGUGUACACCUACAUUGCCCCAUGGCAGAUUACAUGGGGUUCUGCUUUUCAUGCUUUUGCUCAACCCUUUGCAGUGCCACAUUCAGCCAUGUUGUUUGUUCAGGCUGCUGUGUCAGCUUUCUUUUCUACUCCACUGAACCCUUUUCUGGGAAGUGCAAUUUUCAUCACUUCAUAUGUUCGACCUGUGAAAUUCUGGGAGAGAGAUUAUAACACAAAACGAGUGGAUCAUUCAAAUACAAGAUUGGCUUCUCAACUUGAUAGAAAUCCAGGAUCGGAUGACAACAAUCUGAAUUCCAUCUUCUAUGAACAUUUAACCAGAUCCCUCCAACACAGUCUCUGUGGGGACCUGCUCCUGGGACGGUGGGGAAACUACAGUACAGGGGACUGUUUCAUCCUUGCCUCUGACUACCUCAAUGCACUCGUUCACUUGAUAGAAAUAGGCAACGGACUGGUCACUUUCCAACUGCGGGGACUUGAAUUCAGAGGUACUUACUGUCAGCAGCGAGAAGUGGAGGCUAUUACCGAAGGUGUUGAGGAAGAUGAAGGGUUCUGCUGCUGUGAGCCCGGCCAUAUUCCUCACGUGCUUUCAUUUAAUGCUGCGUUUAGCCAGCGCUGGCUCGCCUGGGAAGUGAUCGUCACCAAGUACAUUCUGGAGGGUUAUAGCAUCACUGACAAUAGUGCUGCUUCUAUGCUUCAAGUCUUUGAUCUCCGGAAAGUGCUCACUACUUACUAUGUCAAGGGUAUCAUUUAUUAUGUCACAACCUCUUCUAAGCUAGAGGAAUGGCUUGCUAAUGAGACAAUGCAGGAAGGACUACGCCUGUGUGCAGAUCGGAAUUAUGUUGACGUGGACCCAACAUUUAAUCCAAACAUUGAUGAAGACUAUGAUCAUCGGCUCGCAGGCAUAUCCAGGGAGAGUUUCUGUGUGAUUUACCUCAAUUGGAUAGAGUAUUGCUCUUCCCGAAGAGCAAAGCCACUUGAUGUGGACAAAGAUUCAUCCCUCGUGACACUAUGUUACGGCCUGUGUGUCCUUGGUCGGAGAGCUCUGGGCACUGCAUCCCACCAUAUGUCCAGUAAUUUAGAGUCAUUCCUCUAUGGAUUGCAUGCCCUGUUUAAAGGAGAUUUCCGUAUUUCUUCGGUUCGAGAUGAAUGGAUCUUUGCUGACAUGGAAUUGCUAAGGAAAGUAGUAGUCCCUGGAAUACGUAUGUCCAUUAAGCUUCAUCAGGAUCAUUUCACUUCUCCAGAUGAGUAUGAUGACCCUUCUGUGCUUUACGAAGCCAUUGUAUCUCAUGAGAAGAACCUUGUGAUUGCUCAUGAAGGGGACCCUGCCUGGCGGAGUGCAGUCCUCGCCAAUUCCCCCUCCUUGCUUGCCCUGCGGCAUGUCAUGGACGAUGGCACCAAUGAAUACAAAAUCAUCAUGCUUAAUAGGCGCUACCUUAGCUUCAGAGUCAUCAAAGUGAAUAAGGAAUGUGUUCGAGGUCUCUGGGCAGGACAGCAACAAGAACUUGUUUUUUUACGAAACCGUAACCCUGAGAGAGGCAGCAUCCAGAAUGCCAAGCAAGCUCUGAGAAAUAUGAUAAACUCCUCUUGUGAUCAACCCAUUGGCUACCCAAUCUUUGUCUCACCUUUGACAACUUCAUACUCUGACAGCCAUGAACAGCUUAAAGAAAUUCUUGGGGGACCGAUCAGCUUGGGAAAUAUCAGAAGCUUUGUAGUGUCAACCUGGCACAGGUUAAGGAAAGGUUGUGGAGCUGGAUGUAACAGUGGCGGCAAUAUUGAGGAUUCUGAUGCUGGAGGUGGAACUUCCUGCACUAGUAACAAUGCAACAACUGCCAAUGAUCCCCAGAGUAACUUGUCCCAGGGAAGCACUGGAAAUCCAGGCCAGGGAAGUGGAACCGGGCUCCAUCCGCCUGUCACAUCCCAUCCUCCAACACUAGGCACGAGCCACAGCUCACAUUCCGUGCAGUCGAGCCUGGUCAGACAGUCCCCCGCCCGGGCCUCAGUGGCCAGCCAGUCUUCAUACUGCUACAGCAGCCGGCACUCCUCCCUGCGGAUGUCCACCACGGGCUUUGUGCCAUGCCGGCGCUCGUCCACCAGUCAGAUCUCCCUGCGCAACCUGCCAUCCUCCAUCCAGUCCCGCCUCUCCAUGGUGAACCAGCUGGACCCCUCCAGCCAGAGUGGCCUGGCGGGCAUGCAGCACGGCUUGCCUUCCUCCAGCAGCUCCAGCCAAAGCAUCCCUGCCUGCAAGCAUCACACCCUCGUGGGCUUUCUGGGGACCGAUGGAGGUCCGAGCAGUGGCCCUGAUGCACAGCCCGGCAGCACCCCCGCCAGCAACGCCCAUACCAAAAAGGGGGAUGUGACUUACAGAGUCCAGAUUGUGGAUCCCAGUCAAGUUCUGGAUGCAAUCAACUUGUCAAAAAGGAAAGAGCUGCAGUGGCCCGAUGAGGGAAUUCGGUUGAAAGCUGGGCGAAAUAGCUGGAAAGACUGGAGUCCCCAGGAGGGCAUGGAAGGCCAUGUGAUUCACCGAUGGGUGCCUUGCAGCAGAGAUCCAAGUACCAGAUCCCACAUUGACAAGACAGUGCUUCUGGUCCAGAUUGAUGAUAAAUACGUGACUGUAAUUGAAACUGGGGUACUAGAACUCGGGGCUGAAGUAUGAGCCUGUGUCUAGUAACUACAUUUCUUUGCCCUCUCAAUUCCAAGACAGUGGGAAAAGAGGAGAAAGCAGAAGAUGCCUGCAAGUGUCAUUUUGAUCCUAGAUGGGAGAGACUUGAACAGAGAGUGGGUUUGAACAAGCACCUCUCUUUUUCCCUUCACCCUGACCCCUGUCACUGUCUCCAUCCCCAAAUAAAGCUGAAAUAUUUUUUUAAGUUAGCUGGCGACAAAACAUUUUGCAUGAAGGAUAUAGUUCUGUUAAAAUUACAUCCUUAAAGAAGUUUUUUUUUCUUAUGCAUUGCCUAUGCUUUAAAUCAACCAGCACUUCAUUUCUAAACUAUGAUCUCAUAUUUUUCUAAUUUUCUUGCCAAAAAGAAUUGCCAUGUUUUGUCAUAGAUCAUGAAAUCCAUAUACUUUGAUUUUUAAAAACAGACCAGUGUAGAAACCUUCAGUUUGACAAAUAGCAGUAUAAAAGUUUAAUGUACAGUGAAAGAGACUAUGAACAGACAUAGAUUUAUCUUAUUCCUUGAGCGCUAAAAACUUUAAUGAAAAGACUGCACUAAUUUUUUACAACAAUGCACUAAAGUCUGAGAUUUCUCAGAAUGUUUAUUUAUAUAUAAAAAUAAAAUGCAUUAUUUAAAUUGCCUUUGGGAUUAACCCCUCCCCUUUCCUUACAAACACCCAUAGCAGGAACUGUGCUGCUCAUUUUUCUGUCAUUAGUCUGCACUUCAUACCAGAACAUUGGACAGUUUCUUUCAAAUGAAUACUAAAUCUUAAGGUAUGCAUAAUUUCACCAUUGGCAUUUUCCCGGAGCCUCUAGACAGUGGAUUGAUCCUGUGAACACUACUGCCAGCUCCUGUGUCCACAUUUCAGAUGCACCCCAGCACCAUGGGGCCCAGGGUGCUUGCUCCUCUCACCUGUGGGCAAGCUCUUCUCGGCUCAGUUCUGGGAAGAAAAUGCUUUUGCUUUUCAAUGAAAAGGAUGAAAGUUCAAGAAUUUAAAGGAAAAAGAUCAGUUGCCUUUCAUUUAUGGAUUCUUAGUUCUUGAAGUUAUUCACAUGCAGUUCAGUUUAUCAAGUAAAAGUUUUUCAGACAAAAUUACACAAAUGGUGCAGUUCUUAUUGUUGUAUCCUCUUUAAUAACUUUAUCAUUUAUUUUCCUCCUCUCUUCUUUUUCUAUUACUUGAAAUUUAUCUCCUGUAAUUUAUAGUGAAUGGCUGUAAUUUGGACUAUUUAUAACUGUGAAAUUGACUUAAUUCAUAUGUUGUCUGAUAAAUUGUAUUGUUUGUUUUUAAAUGUGUGUAUUCAGGGAAAUAUAUAUAUAUAUAUCUCAGAUUUGUAAUUGGGCCAAAUAGGAACUGCAAUUUCAAUUUAAUUUGUAACUUUUGGAAUUUUUCAAAUCCUUCAGAAAUUUUUUUCCUUUCUGUGUGUGUGAAACUCCAAAGAAGAUUGUAUAUCUCCUCUGAGCAUUUAGGUGCAGUCCUUUCUCCCCAGCACGGAAAGAAAGUAAAAAGAAGCAGGUGAAAUUACUUUUAAUCGGAUAUUUCGUUGACUCCACUCUCUCCAGGAACUCCUAUUUCAAUAUGUGAUACUAGCCAUAUUUCAAGUACUCACUGGCCACAUGUGCUCAGUGGCUACUGUAUUGAACACCAUGGGCUUAGAGUAUCUUUUGAUGAAGGGGCAGGAGAGAGAAGCUGUUUCUCUUACUAAUCAGCUGUAGUUCUAACUGUAUAGCAGAAUUCCUUAGCAAAAAGAUCGAAAACUAAAGUAGUAAAUAGCUAAUAUGCAGCAUGUUAGAGCAUUUCUACUCUAAAAUCUCUCUUUUUUUUCCCUAAAUUUUUUGUGGUCAUUCAGGACCCAAAGUGCCUCUCAUUGACAUUUUCAUAGACUGAACACAGCAAAAUUUACUGUUUAAACACAUUUGUUAAAUGAUUUACUGAGCCUUUUUACAAAGGUAGCAUUUCUAAAUUGACCAGUUAACGUGUAUUUUCCUGAUACUGUCACUAUAUUCUGUAUUUGCCUCAUUUUGGCAAAUCUAUGGUAGGCCAUUAAAAUUCAGCCUCUUUUUAUUCUGAAUCUGAAAUCUGAUUUCCCUCUUUUCUAUCUUGCUUUCUCUCUCCUUUUCACUCUCACUCUUACUCUCUUUCUCUCCAUAAAAAUACAUGUUGAAAGGUAUUAUGCUCCCUGCUACUUGUUCCCUUUUUUAAAUAAGUAUAAUCUUUUCAGUAAGAAAAGUAGAAUCUUUACGAUCUUAGAUGAAUGAUAAUUAAUUUUCCUAUAUACAUGAAAACCUAAAUAUCAAAUAAUUCAAUCAGGAGGAUUAAAUUAGUUUUAUGCCAUCCCCUCCCAAUGCUCCACUCUCCAAGAGUUAAACAUAUUAUAUAAUCUAAAAAGUCAUUUCAAAUUCAGGAACUAAAUUUUAGGUGAAAUAUAUCCAUAUUUCACAAAUAUUCAUAUAUAAUAUACAUGUACUCAUUUUUAAAUUUUUUUAGCAACUAAUACAAAUAUAAAGAUUUAUCUCAAUACAGGUUGAAUAUUGUAUAAGAUUCCCCUUUAAAUAGUGAAUUUAUGAAUUAGGAACCCCAAGAGGACUUUUCUUAAUUUUUAAGUGUGAAACUGAUAGCCUUUAAAAAAAAAAUCCUACUGAUUUUUUAAUUAUUGCACCAGGGAAAGAAGUAAUGACUGAAUAAAGAUUCACAUCUUAAAAGUAAGUUUGAUGUAAAUUAGUACAUAAAAAUAUAUACACUUUAAUAAAAUCAGUUAUAGGCACUUCCUUUUCCCUUGCCCUGGGAGAAUUUUGAACUGUUUGUUUAGAUUCCCUGCUUACUUUUUCCCAUUCUCGUACAAGACUUCAGCAUGCAUAAUUAGUGUCCUUGGUUCACUGUUGCCAAAGUUUUUUAGAGUUCUAUAAUUUGAAAGUAAAAAAUAUAUAAUGAAAACACUUUUAAUUUAUUUCCACUAAGUUUUAUAUUGAUGUCAUUCUGGUUUUUGUUUUUUGCUUUUUCUUUUUCUUUCAUUUGGACUUUUGUUUUUUCUCCCCUUUUCAAAAAGUCUUAGAAUGUUAUAAAUUGUGAGGUUUUUAUUCCAGUUUUGUUCAUUCAGUGUCAAUCUUCAUAGCUCAAAAUUAAGCUCUUGGUUAAUCUUCUAGCUUAUAACUUGGUGUAAGUCCUUCUUUUUUUAUACCAUUUUUCAGUACUCGAUAAAACUUCAAAUGUUUGCAUAUUUUCUCUAAAGAAUUGUAAUUUUCCCAAUUGUAAUCUAAAAUUACAACUUUAGGUUAACUUUUAAAAGUUGGUAUUUGGAGGCUGGACAGGUAGUAUGCUUGCCUUGCCCAUGACUGGCCUGGAUUCAGUCCCCAGCACCGUAUAUGGUCACUCAUGCCCCACUAGGAAUGAUCCUUGAGUGCAGAUCCCAGAGUAAGCCUGAACACCGCCUGGUGUGACCUCCUGCUUCCCCCCAAAAAUUGAUAUUUAAGCUACUUGGGAGAAUAGGUGAUGAAGUUGUAUAUUCUUAAGAGGAGAUUAAUUGCCUUUCAGGAAAUUGGUGAACAACAGGUGUUCUGCCAUCUUUGAGUUUCCAUGGCUGGAAAAUUAACUUCCCUUAGAUUUGAAGUAUUUUUUAAGGUAUUUCCUGUAUAGCUGAGAUAGUUCUGGUAGUCCUUGAAACAGAGGUAGGCACACAGUAUCUCUGUCUUAAGCGAAAUUUAGAAUGUUAUUCUGUGUACCAAUUGUCAGGGAAUAGAAAAUCCAAGUUUUCAUGUAGAAAGUGACAGCUCCUUAAGAGCAUUCUUUUUCUUCCUGUUGUUUAUCGUUGCAUCUUAUAUCAGAAUAUAGAAAACAGCCUCAAAUUUAAGCAAGGGUAACAUGGCCUUAAGAAAGCCCACUUGGCUUCCCAGCAGCAUACUUCAGCAUCUGCUUAGAGACACUUUGUUUGGUGGAUCACAGCAUGGACUCAUGCAUCCAGAGUUGUGUUUUUGUAUCUUAACCGAAUCUAAAACUCUCUCUUUGUUUUGGUUGACUUUCAGACAUAUUUCCUCCUGAAUAUGACUUGAGAAGAAGAUGAUUUAGUAAUUAUGUGUGAGAAUUAUUUGAAUUUAUGUUUACUGUAUACUAAACUGUAAACUGCUGCCCGGAUAGUUAAUUGUGUUUGUUUUAAUUGUUUUGUUUUGUUUUUUUCUGUGAGUAUGAACAAAGCCCUUUCUAACUUUUUUUUAAGUCAUCAGUAUUCAUUUUUUGUUAUUUUUUUUGUAGUGUAAUAUAAUAUAAAAUUACUUUGCCUGAACACAGAACCAGUCCAUUUUUCCUCUGAUAAGAAACAUUGUCCAGAUGAAGUUAUAAAAUGGCCCUUUUUAUUCUAGCUUUGUUUCAGUCUAAUGUGGAAAUCCGGUCUUUAAGAAAGGCCCAGAGAAAGAGGAAAAUUAUUGUGUAUUAUCUUGGAUAUGUAGUUUCUUACUAUUAAGUAUUUAAAAUUUUGCAUCUCUUUGUUUUUCUUUACAAAGAUCUCGUUGUUAUACACCUGGGCCGCCUUCUUCUUCUUCUUUUUUUUUUUAAAUCUCAUUAAAUGUUUAGGUAAGAACUGUGGUUGGAAAGGAAUUAAUUAUACAAGUAGAUUUGGCAGGUAUGUGAAUAGAGUGAAUUUUUGCUUGCAACAGAAGUACAUUUUCAACUUCAAAUAAUCUAUCCUGAGUCCUCUGUCAAGAAUUAUGCGUGUAUGAACUUAUCUAUAUUGCCUGUAAGCCACAUAGUCUUUCUGAAUUGAAGUAAUUAAGUUUAUUUGUGAGCUGGACAUUAUUAUCUGCCAAUAAUGGAAGCAACAUAGCAUUAGAUGGAAGAAUCAGAGCUAAUUGUUACUGCAGGAUUAUAUGACAACUCUGUUCUAUGACUUAUACCUAUUAUAUAGGGUUAUAACUUUUUCUCAUGACUCAGCUCCUCUACCUGACAAUUUAUGAUUCAGUGGAGCCUAGCGUGAUAAGGAUAAAUUCCUGGGUAUUACACACACAAAUGAGGUGGUAUCUUGGAAUUCAGAAGGGACUAGCAGUAGAAAACGGGACAGCUGCUCCAGACGACACUUUGGUUUAGUGUAGUCAUGGUCAAACAAGAUUUUUUUCUUAAUAUAUGAAGCUUGAUUCUACAACCAAAAUAAUAGAAGCAGGGGUAGGGGAAAUCACGUCUGCUAAUGCUUUUCUAAGGCUUAUAGUUUAAGUGAAAACAAAUUGUAAAAACUGAUUAUCUUAACCCUACAUGAGUCUAGCAAUGAGCUCUGCAUGAGGAAAUGGAAGGAAGAAAAUUAAAAAUGGCCCUAGGAGGGUAGGUGUAAGGAAGGAAAAUGGGUUUCCCUUUUCUGAUCAUGGGCUCUGAAAAGUCUUCAUUGCCUCUACCAGCAUUCAGUAUAAACCAGAGAAAGAAUAUAUGUACCUGCGCGUGUCUCCGAGAGUGUGUGUCUGAGUGUUUGUUAUUCUGAACAGCUUGUAAAUAUUGUAGUUGUUUAAAAUGGAAUAUAAAAGCUGAGAUUGUUUCUUUUCUUUGCAAAUAUAUUGCAUCAAAAAUACAGUAUUGGCAGUGGAUAUAACACUGAGGAAAUAAAUUUUGUUUUCAUUUUGC